AUGGGCAAAUAUGAAAAGGACCAACGAAAAUAUCGAAAGGUGUGGGAAUCUACCGAAUGGGCCAAAGGAUGGUUACAACACAUUGACUUGUCAAAACACAAAAGUCCGAAUGAUCCAAACGAAGCCUAUUGUAAAAUUUGUGACCAAUCUUUAAGGAGUCAUCUUACGGAUCUUCAAAAGCAUGCACGCUCAAAAAAACACAAAGAGAAUUCUACAAUGCUCGACAAAACAAAAUAUAAAUCUUUGAUGAGCCACGGAAAGGUAAGCAUUUUUGAGAACCUACAAUUGCAUAGGACGAAAUGUUCAAGUUUGAUAAAGCAUGUGAUUGCACCCGUUCUUUUGGACAAUUUGGUUAAAGCCAUUGGGCAAAAAGGAUAUUCAAUAAUUAUUGAUGAAAGCACCGAUGUUUCAGUUACAAAGUAUCUGUGCAUGUGUGUCAGAUACUUUGAUACUACAGAAAACCGCAUACUCACUGAUUUUUUGGGUAUACUAGAAGUAGAACGGGCAACGGCCAUCGAUUUACAUAAAAGUAUUAUUGAGUAUUUGCAACAAAUCGGAAUCCCGUUAAGAAAUAUGAUAGCUGUAAGCACGGAUGGAGCAAGUAACCUCUGUGGGCGCAAUCAUUCAGUUUAUACUUUAUUGAAACGCGAUGUACCAAACCUGCAACUCAUGAGAUGUACUUGCCAUUCGUUGCAUCUCUGUCCGUCGAAGGCUAGUGAAGAACUUCCGAGUUCUUUAGAUUUUCUAGUGAGAGAAAUAUUCAAUUGGUUUAGCAUCAGUCCGCUGCGCAAAAUAAAUUAUAAGAAAACGUUUGAUUUGAUCAACUGUGGUAAUGACGCUCAGAAACGGCAGAUGAUUCAACUUUCGCGAACAAGAUGGCUUGCAUUUUACGACGUUGUGAAACGAUUAUUGGAGCAGUGGGUAGAGUUGAAAACCCAUUUCCGUAUAGCUUGCGAUGCUGAAAAGUGCUAUACUGCACGAACGAUACGUGAUAUGCUCGAAGAUAACUGUAACAAAUUGUAUUUGAUGUUUUUAAAGCCCAUUUUAUUUGAAGUACAGCAUCUAAAUACAUCAUUUCAGAGUGAAAAAAUCGACGCUGGAAGUUUGUAUACAGAAUUCUCUCUCACAUUUUUGUCGUUAGCUAGAAAGAUUUUGAAGCCAAUUUUCUUAACAGCUAGACAUGGGUCUUUUGUACAACAAGUAAUUGAUGCAGUCGAUAAUGAUCUGGCUUUCUUGCCGGUCGCAGAAAUGGAUUUUGAACAAGAAUUCAAGAAGGAAAUUGAGCAAUCUCAAAUCUCUGAAGCAAACAAAUCUCAGAUACAACAGAGGUGCUUUAAUUUUCUAAAAAGAUUACUGAGAGAAAUGGCGCAGAGGCUUCCAGCAAAUCUUGAAAUUUUCAAGAAAAUCGAGCUAUUAAGUCCAAGGCAUUGCACAUCGCAAGUUCGAGUCAAGUUCGAGGAACUUCCUUUAUCAGAUUUUUUCGAUUCUGAUUGUGAUGUCUCUGUGUACAAGAGUCAGUGGGAAAAACUCAGGUUCUUCGAUUGGAAUACCUAUUAUAAAGAAGAUGUACCAACUAAUAUUUUAGUUUUUUGGCCUGAUGUAUACAAAUAUACCGAUGCUUGCGGCCGUUUUAUUUUCCGAGAACUGGCAGAAGUGGUGUUAAAAAUACUUACAAUUCCCACGAGUAACGCUGUAGUCGAACGAACUUUUUCAGCACUCACUCUGAUAAAAUCACGGAUUCGGAAUAAACUGAAAACUUCGAUGCUGCAAUCUCUUCUCAGAAUCCGAAUGAAUUUUCAAGCGCAUGGGAAGUGUUGCAAAACGUUUCAACCCUCAACGGAAAUGAUUGAUCGUUUUAAAUCGAGUUUCAUGUAUGAGUCGGGGACGAAACCAGCAAUUGCGUGA